CGUGAGACUGCUGAAGGCUUCUCGAGUCACCAGCACACUCGAGCAUACGGUGUAACCAACACCGUGUCCGAGGAAGCAGCGGCUGCUCUGUGCGACGGACUACAGGACUGUACCUGCUGCGAGAGCAGGGCCUCUGGGGGACCUUCCAAAUUUCUUCCUAGAAGCCUCUGGCAUGUCAGCGUGACCCUCCGCUCCUCAGUCAACAGCUGCCGUUGGACUCACUGCUCCCACGUGGUGACUAGUUAUCUCCUGUUAGUCGUAACAGCUUGAGGCCGUUAACAGUAAGUCACUGAUGAGGAUAAGGUGUUCCAGUAACUAUUUGGCCAUGACCUGAUGGUGGAUCUCUCUGUGUCCCUGCUGAGGGGGAGCACUGGGAAGGGGGCAGACCCUCAGGUUGGGGGGAGUUGUUACAAAUAUUCACCAGGAGCUUUGAAUCCAAGAAAAAGCAGGUCAUCUUUAUAUCUUCAGUUCGACAAAAGGGCACUCAAAUAAUUUUGGCAACCUGAAACCCGGACUGCAGAUCCGCUUCUUUGUCACCGUGGGGGAAUAUGAAGUGCCGGGGUCCUCGGAGCACGGGGAACGGGCAGAUAAAGCUCUCUCGGUGCAGUGGGCGAUGGGCCAUCCCGGGGGGAGCGUCCCUGCAAGCGUGUUGUACGUUGGAUUCCUUGGGAACCAGACAGGGACGUGUUCUAACGGAAGAGGGGCGGGAAAGGCCCAGUUGUGCAGUCGCAGCGAUAGGAAGGCUGGAAAGCCGUAGCGCGCGAGGCGGGAGCGCCGAGCAGGACGGCGCGCCGCUGCUGGCCGCGCUGGAGGCGACGCGGUGGCAAGGCUGGCAGCCACGGACAGCGGGUGGAGAGGGCACAGACCUUCCCUCACCUUUACUUCAUCGUGAGAACGUCACAGGCCCUUCGCUGCCCCAACAUUUCAGCAGCUGCAGCCGUUGGGCUGCUCAUGAAGGGGGAAGCCAGAAGCCUCAAGGCUGACAUUAAGGCCUCGAGCAGAGCACAGAACCAGCAAGGUGCUUCGUGCCUUGUCGUGGCCAGAGCUCAACCUGAUGCCACCGCUUCUAGGUGUAGCUUUGACUUGUCGUUAUUACCCAGAGCCACGGAUCUGGCACUGAGGUCAGUGGUGAGCAGUCCACGCAGCCUCCAUCAUAUGCUUUUGAUCACAUUUUUCAGUAUCAAAAAAGAAAAACCCACGCAGAGCGAACAUUUCCUCGUGCCCCGUCACCUCAGCAAGUCACUCGGAGGGUGGCUGCGACGUAGAUGGAUGCCACCAGCAUCGCUUUGGCUGCCCUCAGAUUUUACACCCUGUAUUUUACGCCGCUCCCACUGGGCGAUGGGAAGCGGUGCAAGGCACUGCAGAGCCGGUUUCAGAAACCCCACUACACAGGACAGGAUCACCAUCCAGCUUAUGAUAAUCUGAACGGGACAGGGAUGCUGAAAUGCCAGGCAGCCGUUUGCUUUGCUUUGCAAGAGAAAUCCCUUUGAAGUUUACUUACCCAGCGCCGUAAGGGCGGGCAGAAGAGGGCACCGGGGGCUCGCUGGGAAGGAUGCCGUCUUCCUCCGCUUACUACAGAGAAUACCAAAAUCACUGUGAGGUUUUUCUACCACCACAUCGCAGGACUCGAAAACUGCACGGUACCGGCUGUCGCUGCCAAUGGGAUAUUGCUAAACACUCCUCUGGAGGGCAGCCCAGCACCGGCCGUCGCUGCUUUCUGCCCAGCAAUUGCCUCCUCUGCGCAUUACACAGAACUUUUUCUCCCUCAAAAGCGCACCGGCCGUCACUGCCUGGCGUGCACAAGUAUUUGCUGAUGACUUGGUUUAUUUCAGCCUCACAAAAUAAGCCCUGCUUUACAAAUCGGUUGCAAAGCACUGUCAUUCACGGAGCAUUAGCAUCGCUCUGGACCAGCUCUGAAAAAGCUGGUUAGCUUUUCUGAUGCUUCAGGUUUAGUUAUCACUGGGCGCUUUUCCCCUCCUCCCCAGGCUGGGUCUGCACGCCUCUGUGAUUUCACCUUUUGAAACAAUCUGAAACUUUCUGUCUUGAUGUUUUGAGACCCGCGGCGCCGGCACGGGGGUGGGUUGCUGUUGGGGUUGUUGCUGGCUGGUUCUCAGCACCAACACAACCAAAAAUGUCUUGGGCCACUCAGCCCUGGAGCGGUUAUUACAGCUAGAACUGAGCUUAGACCUGAACGUACCUUAAGAAGGGUACAACAGGGAGUAUCUUGCAGCGGUAGGAUCAGUUACUCAGAUUCAUGAGCAAGUGAGUGAUUUUAUAGCCAAAAGCAAAGAAAGCAGGAUCCUUUUUCUUCUUUUUUUUAACCCACGUCUCCCUCGUACUGCUGAUCAGGAUCCACACGCGCGUGAACAUAGCGAAUGGCAUCAUGUAACACUUUAUGAACUCAAGUUUCCAUGGUAAACUGAAAGAACAUAAAUGACUCAAACCAAGUUCCCCCAGUUUUAAGCAAAUCAUUGCUUUAUUUGUGAUUUUGAGACCAGAGGAGCUGCCUGAGGGGUUAAAUCCAGAGAGGGAAGGGGUCACACUCCCCUGGCAGAUAAACCAUUAGGUUUACUGUUGGACUCAAUGAUCUUGAGGGUCUUUUCCAACCUAAAUGAUUUUAUAAUUCUCUUCUAUGAAAUCAAAACGCCGCGAGGGAAUACUGUCCCCAUCCACAACAGCAAGGGGUGGUGAAUGCCUUUCUCUGCUCUGCUGGAGAGAUCAAAGGGCUCCCAGCACAGCCCACGGUCGCCAGGCAAAGGGUUCUGGUUGGCGUUCCAGUGUUUGUUCCCGUCACAAGCUGCGAGAUGGCUUUUAAGGGCUGAGGACCUCUUCGCUCGCUCGCUGUUGGCGCUGGGAUUACUCAGCGCGGGGCUGAGCAGCGAUGCGUGCUGCAGCUGUCGGUCGCGGGAGCGUGUUGUAGUGCUGCCCAGACACCGACCGCUCGACUUGAAAACUCACUAGGAAAGCCGGAGGAGAGAAGCUUGCCCGUAUCGCCUCGCUGCCGGAGCCACCGAGGUGUCGGCAUUCGCUGGUGGUUGGGUGUGGAAGGAGUAAGAGCUGAGGAAAACCCCAGGCCAGCACAGCUAGAAAACAGGCGAGUGCCCUUGUGCUCUCCAGAGGCUCCGCUGUGACCUGCUCGCCCGCCGGAGGAUGCUCGCUUGGCCUCAUUCAGGGCUGGCAAGAGGCAGGCAGAGCUCGUGGUGGGCUCCUGAAUCCACCACAGCAGCGUGGAUCGAAACUGCCUACUGAGACACCCCGGAGACCGUCCUAAACCCGGAGGACAAAGCAGCUCUCAGCUCCCUCAUUUAGAUACUAGUCCUUACAGUUGAGUGCAGCCUUAAAAUACCCAAGAUUUUCGAUACAGUUAUCUUUAAUACUGAAAAAAAAUAUACUGAGAUGGUCUGAAGAUAUUUUAGGCAGUUAGGGGCACGCAGCCGCUAUAAAAAGCAAGCACAGCCUGUACCUGCCUUUUCCAAACCAGCAGACGGGAGCGAGGGAGCAUCUGCCUCCGUUGCCUCCUUCUCGCCACCCGACGGCUGCCGGGUUGAUGCCACCAGGAGACCGGGCAGCUUUUCCUUGGCGCCAGGGAAGCAGAGAUGCAACUCAUAAGCACAGAGGAGUAGCAGCAUCCUUGUGAUGGGUGACUGCGUCCGUUUGCCCUGUCGUAGCUCAGUUUUUAAGGUCGUGGCAGAAGGAGAAACGCAGGAGGAAGAAAACCUACAGCAAAGCCCCUUCUCAGACGCUGCAGGGUGGCUUUGGUCGGCGGGAAGGAUGAAGGAGGGGUGAGCUCCGAGGCAGAGCUCGGUUGAAAGAAAGUGGAAAACUCAUCCCACAGGACUUCAGGUUCUGGUGGACGGACAGGGACGCAGGGAGGGAAACAGGGCACCCGAAGGACCCGAGGAGGGACCCGAAGAUCUGGAGAACAUCCCCCGCCUUGGGAGAAGCUCGCCGGGACCACCCUCCCGCUGCGCAGAAGGGACCAGCGGCGAGGAGGAGGCAGGGGUGCGCGGGGGGGGAUCCCCCCGGGCUGCGGCCACCCGGCUCCGCAGGACAAACGUCCCUCUGUCCCCGGGCCCGGCCGCCACCCAGGACCGUCAUCGCGUGGAGACGAGGCGAGCCCCGCGGGGGAGAGGGGGGACCCCGGCCCCGGCCCCCGGGCCUUCAGGGCGGCCCUGGCCCGGGCACGACCGGGGGGGGCAGGGGGGGACCCCCACGGGAGCGGCGCGGUCCCGCGAGUCCGGCGGGGCGGAGCCCCAGGGCGUUACGGCCACGCCCCGGCCACGCCCCCGCCACGCCCCGGCCCCCGCGGGGCGGUCCCUGGGGCUAAAAGCGCCGCGCCCGGCGGGACCCGCCGCUGCUGCCGCCCGGACCGGAGCCCACCGCCAUGGCUGAUGAGCUCAGCGACCUGCUGCGGGAGUUUGAUGAGGUGAUGGAGGACUUUGACAGAGGCCCUGCGAGUCAGUACGAGCAGCACCUGGAGGAGCUGAAGAGGAAAGUGGGACACAGCGUGUACGACAGCGGCAUUGAUGAGCUGGAGAGUGCCAGCACGUCCCCGGGAAGCAGCCUCAACUCCAGCGAGGAGGACCUCAACACCCCUGCCAAUGCUUAUCCCUCCAAAGCAAAGCUUGGAGACACACAGGAGCUGGAAGAGUUCAUUGCGGAUCUGGAUAAAGUGUUGGAGGAGAUGUGAGAGGUGGUUUUGGCAGCGAGUUUGGAGAGGAGGACCCACAGCAGCUGAGCCCCGUGCCUCCGCAACGCGCCCUCUGCUCCCAUACCCCUGCCCCCCGCCGCCUGCGUGGGCGACGGCUCCCCCGUGCCACGCUGCUCCGCGCCGGGGACGGGCAGCGCCUGCCGCAAGCGGGGACCGACCCAGCAACGACCAGCGACGGUGGCUGCGCCUUGCGCUGCUCCCCCGGGCAGGGCAGGACUCCGCCAGCAUGAGGCGGGACCCGGGGGCACCAGGCUUUGCCCUGCCAGGGGGGCUGGCAGCUCUUGCGGCUGGUGGGUUUGGCGGGGACUAGGACGCUGUUGAAGCCCGAGGAGAAACUCCAGGUGGCUUUAGGGAAGAUCAGCUUGCAGUACGUCAGGGAGACCUUGGUGUCCCCUCCUGGGUCAGGAAAGCCUGUUCCCGCACUAGCAUCUGUCGCAGGCGGUGACAGCCACUGCUGGCCCUUCGCUUUGCACAGGUCGCCUCAGAUAAGGCCCUUGCCCGUUCCCCAAGUGCCUCUGCCCCGGCUGCUGCUGUAAAUACUGUAAAAAGGAUGUUAUAUGCUGUACAGAUGAGAUGUAUUUUUAUGAAUGGGAUUUGAAGUGCU